AUGAGGACUGCAGUUCUGCUGUUUGUUGUGGGGCUGUGUGUGUUGAACGUCACACUGUCCCUAAAAAUUUGCGCUUUCAACGUUCAGAGCUUUGGUGAAUCAAAGGCAAACAACAAGAAGGUUAUGGGGAUUCUACAAAAGAUUCUUUCUCGGUGCGACUUGUGUCUCAUUCAGGAGGUACGAGACUCUAAAGGAGAGGCAAUCCGAACCUUGGUUAAAGAUCUUAACAGGUACAUGCUUUUCUUUGACAAAUCAAACUCAUAUUCCUAUGUGGAAAGCGUGAGGCUGGGGAGGAAGACCUACAAGGAGCAAUAUGUCUACAUUUACAGAAACAAUGUGCUGAAGGUCAAAGAGCAGUAUCAGUACCCUAAACUAGAGACACAUGGGACCAAUGAAACUGAUGUUUUCUCCAGAGAGCCUUUCAUCAUUCGCUUUCACUCCCCUACAACAUUGGUGAAGGAUUUUGUCUUGAUUGGUCAGCACACCUGUCCCAAAACUGCCAUGAAGGAAAUGGAUGAACUUUACACCGUCUUCAGAGAAAUUUACAAGAAAUGGAAGACUGAUAAUGUGAUGAUAUUGGGGGACCUCAAUGCUGACUGCAACUAUGUCACCAUCAAAGGCUGGAAAGCUGUGCGCUUGAGAAGUGACCCCAAAUUUCGCUGGCUAAUUGGAGAUGAGCAAGACACUACUGUCCGUGAGAAGACACACUGUGCAUAUGACCGGAUCAUUGUGCAUGGACGUGAGAUUAUUUCCAGUAUAGUGCCAGGUUCAGCUCAACCGUUCAACUUCAAAGAGAGUUUCCAUCUCACUGAAGAGGAGGCUCUAGAGGUCAGCGACCACUUUCCUGUAGAAGUUGACCUGAAGCCCAACCACCGCUACCUCCUCCGCCAUGAACUGUAGACAACUCAGGACAAUAAAUAACACAGCAGGACUUUGAGACUUUUUGGAUACAACAGUAGUUUUAUUUAAUUUUAGCUGUUAAAAUAAAUGAACAUGCUCAACAGAUUUUUUUAUAUUGACUCUAACUCUUAAAAAGCGGAACUGCUCUCACCAAUAAAAAAACAUGGGGCUCUUAAACACAGAGGAACUGCUUUUUUUUGACUGCUGAAGUUUAUGUUGUGCGUCUGAAACCAAACCACA